AUGGCUCGUGGCGCCCCUCUUCUUGCAGCAGCAGUGAUAGCUCUGGUGGCCCUUGGGUCUGUAGGGGCGUAUGCAGCGACAGAGCAGGAGGCCGCCGCCGGCGGAGGGGUGGACUACUUGAGGCAGCCUCCGGUGGCGCAGGGCCUGUCGUUCGACUUCUACCGCCACAGCUGCCUCCGGGCAGAGUCCAUCGUGCGUGACUUCGUCCGGGACGCCGUCAGGAAAGACAUCGGCCUGGCCGCCGGCCUGCUUCGCCUCCACUUCCACGAUUGCUUCGUGCAGGGCUGCGACGCGUCGGUGCUUCUGGACGGGUCGGCGACGGGGCCGGGGGAGCAGCAGGCGCCGCCCAACCUCACGCUGCGCCCGUCCGCCUUCAAGGCCAUCAACGACAUCCGCGACCGGCUGGAGCGCGAGUGCCGCGGCGCCGUCGUCUCCUGCUCCGACAUCCUCGCUCUCGCCGCCCGCGACUCCGUGGUCGCCUCGGGUGGGCCGGAGUACCGCGUGCCACUCGGCCGCCGCGACAGCCCCCGCUUUGCCACGGCGCAGGACGUGCUCUCCGGCCUUCCCCCGCCGUCAUCGAACGUGCCGUCCCUCCUCGACGUGCUCGGCAAGAUUGGGCUCGACGCCACCGACCUCGUCGCGCUGUCCGGCGGGCACACCGUGGGGCUCGGGCACUGCACCUCCUUCGACGACCGCCUCUUCCCGCGCCCUGACCCCACCAUGAGCCCGGACUUCCUUGGCAGGCUGAAACGAACGUGCCCGGCCAAGGGCACCGACGCGCGCACCGUGCUGGACGUGCGCACCCCCAACGUGUUCGACAACAAGUACUACGUGAACCUGGUGAACCGGGAGGGGCUCUUCGUGUCCGACCAGGACCUAUUCAUCAACGCCACCACCCGGCCCAUCGUGGAGCGUUUCGCGCGCAGCCAGAACGACUUCUUCGACCAGUUUGGCGUGUCCAUGGUCAAGAUGGGCCAGAUCAAGGUGCUCACCGGCGACCAGGGCCAGGUCCGCCGCAACUGCUCCGCCCGCAACCCCGGCACUGCCGACGGCCUCCCGUGGUCGUCCCUGGUGCAGACCGUCGUCGACGCCACCGUGGAGAGCCUCGGUUUCUAA